GGCGGCUGGCAGGCAGCGGCAGGAGGGGUGGCCUGGCUUGGCCUGGCCUGGCUUGUCCUGUCAGGGCGCAGGCAGCGGCGGCUCCGGGACGAUGUCGCUGCAGUAUGGAGGGGGGGACGAGGCGCCGCUCUCCGGCAGCUACGGCGCGGCCGACUCGUUCCCCAAGGACUUCGGCUACGGCGUGGAGGAGGAGGAGGAGGAGGCGGCCGUGGUGGCGGCGGCGGGCGGAGGCUCGGCCGGGCCCGGGGCGGGCGGCGGCUGCGGCGCGGGCGGCGGCGACAGCUCCAAGCCGCGGAUUCUGCUCAUGGGGCUCCGGCGCAGCGGCAAGUCGUCCAUCCAGAAGGUGGUGUUUCAUAAAAUGUCACCCAAUGAGACCCUCUUUUUGGAAAGCACCAACAAAAUUUACAAAGAUGACAUUUCCAAUAGCUCCUUUGUGAAUUUCCAGAUAUGGGACUUUCCUGGGCAAAUGGACUUUUUUGACCCAACCUUUGACUAUGAGAUGAUCUUCAGGGGCACAGGGGCAUUAAUAUAUGUCAUUGACGCACAGGAUGACUACAUGGAGGCUUUAACGAGACUUCACAUUACUGUUUCUAAAGCCUACAAAGUUAAUCCAGAGAUGAACUUUGAGGUUUUUAUUCAUAAAGUUGAUGGCUUGUCUGAUGAUCACAAAAUAGAGACUCAGAGGGACAUUCAUCAGCGGGCCAAUGAUGACCUUGCGGAUGCUGGGCUAGAAAAACUCCAUCUUAGCUUUUAUUUGACAAGUAUCUAUGACCAUUCAAUAUUUGAAGCCUUUAGUAAGGUGGUGCAGAAACUCAUUCCACAACUGCCAACCUUGGAAAAUCUAUUAAAUAUCUUUAUAUCCAAUUCAGGUAUUGAAAAAGCUUUUCUCUUCGAUGUUGUCAGCAAAAUCUACAUUGCAACAGACAGUUCCCCUGUGGAUAUGCAGUCAUAUGAGCUGUGCUGUGACAUGAUUGAUGUUGUAAUUGAUGUGUCUUGUAUAUAUGGGUUAAAGGAAGAUGGCAGUGGAAGUGCAUAUGAUAAAGAAUCUAUGGCAAUUAUCAAACUAAAUAACACAACUGUCCUUUAUUUAAAGGAAGUGACAAAAUUUUUGGCACUGGUCUGCAUUCUUAGGGAAGAAAGCUUUGAACGUAAAGGUUUAAUAGACUACAACUUCCACUGUUUCCGCAAAGCUAUUCAUGAAGUCUUUGAGGUGGGCGUGACCUCUCAUAGAGCCUGCAGCCAUCAAGCCAACCCCUGUGCCAUGAAAGCAGUGACUCACAAUGGCGCACCAAGAAGUGCCGUCUAGUGGGAACAUGGGCUAAGGAGCUCUUCCAUGGCCCUUUCUCCAACCUUGAGUCAGAUGCCGUAUAUGACAGGACCGGCGAUAGCUGGGGCUCAUGGGAAUCUGGUACCAGUUCCAGUGGAUAGAGGGGUUUUAUUUUCUGAUUUGGAUAAAAGCCCCUUCAACUGGUGUUGCACAACUGAAGCUACUGUGUUUCUUAAAAAACAAAAACAAAAAAGCAGAAAAUGAAAAAAAAAAACAACAACAACAAAACAAAACACUUGAGGCCACUGAAGUUACCAUUGGAAACUCCAGGUUUUUUUUGAGUGUGUGUGUGUGUGUUUCCUCUUUUGAAUCCUUCUUUAGUAGUUUGAGUUUAUCAGACUUGGAGACACAAGCAAGUUAAACUACUCCUUUCAAUGGAGAGUUUUAGUGAUUGCCAGUUGAGUAUGAUGGAAAAGAUUGACUUAUCCCAAGCUUCACCCAAGUUGUCAUUUGAUUAGUCUAAAAUACCCUGCCUUGCUUGAGUGCUAACACUGCCUCUCCAAUUCCAAUGGUGGACACCACACACUGAAAACCAAUCCACUAAUGCACUUGCUCUCUAACUCAGAAGAUAUACAGUGUGACUGCAUUGAAAGACAUUUCACUAUUCUUUCUUGAAGAAAUGCAAGAAAAUUCCAACCCUUGUCAACUGGAAUGCAGGGCUCAACUAUAGCUACCCAUCUCUCCAAAGUAUUGAGGAAAAAGCUUUGAGACUGUAGAGAAAUUUCGCACUUGAGUUUUGGGCACCAAAAUGGUUUGUUUCUCUCUCCUGAAGAUGACAGAUGACCACAGUUUUCAUUUUCAUGAUCAGGAUUUAAUGUAACCAAGGGAAUAUUUUUAACUUGACUUCAUAUAUCACUCUUCUGAGGAAGAAGUAUUCAUCAUGUCAUGAAAACAUUUAGCUCACCCUUCCUUAACCUUAUUCUAGCUACCCCAAUAAGAGCAAUAUACAUAUAUAUAUAUAUAUAUAUAUAUAUAUGUAUGUGUGUGUGUGUAUAUAUAUAUAUAUAUAUAUAUAUAUGUAUAUUUUUUCUCAGAUAAUAGACGUCUGUAUUUCCAGCUGCUGCUGUUUGCCAGACUGACCCAGAAGGCAUCAACAGCUUGUAACAUGCUGGAUUCGCUGUGGUCUUCUUAGGAAUAGGAGAGAGAGCACGUGGUCCCAAGCCUGUGUUUGGUUUACAUUCUUCUCCUCCAGUAUUCUGACACCAAGUGUCAAAUGUGGUACUUUUCUUUACCCAUGAUAUUAAUUCUCGAUCGUUUUCUUGAUGGUGAUUGAAAUCUUUUCAGUUGAUUGAAAUUUGCAUAUUGUUUUCCUUCAGAUGCCCGAUAGUUGUAUGUUUAAAAGCCACUGGACCACUUGAGUACAUAAGUGCCACUGUUAUAUUAAAUCUGUAUAUUAAGUUCUAUAAGCCUAACAGUGAGACUUGGAGUGCUUUCUGCAGACAAUUCUGAUUGUUGAGUAUUUACAUGGACCAUGGUGAUAUCCAAAAGAAAAAAUGCUUUUAUAUUUAUAGAUUCUUUCACUGAACUAUAUCAAAUGGGUAUCAAUAAAUGUCUUUACUCCAAGACCUGGUUUUCUAAUUGCAUAAGACGGAAGAAGAUGGGGCAUCUACUCACCGUAUUUUCCUUCUCUAAGAACAGCAUGGAGCCUCGUGGCUCCUUGUUUCCUUUCCAAGUACCUUAGGUUAAUGCUCUGGAGGCUUUGCACCGGCCCUCCCACUCCAGAGCCCAGAGAUGAUUCCCUUGUAUGUUGUUUCUCUGUGUGAUAGGUUUUGGUGCUGUGCCUGUUUGGACUGAGGAGUUUGUAUUUAAACACACCCAAGGCCAGAAGGCAUCCUUCGUUUUGGAGUGAUCCUGCUUGACGCUUAAUAUGGUUUCUGUUCUCUUUUGUACCAGCUUCUUUCAUUUACAGGUGGCAGGCAGAUCACCUGGAUUUAGAUGGGCAGAUGAUGACAAUCAUUUGGCCAUGACCUUCAUCCAGACCUUUUCAAGAUAUGCCUGUGAGGAAGGAAAGCAAUGUGGAAAUGAGCACAAUUUGCUGCUGUUCUGUUGGGUUUUGUCUUUUAGCCUCUUUUUCAUAACGACCUCCCAGACCUGAUUUCUCUGGUACCCAAGGUAUUUGUUACUGACUCUGAAGUCAGCUUGCUCAUCAGAGACUAGAAUUUCUCCUAGGAUAUAGAAGCAGAGAGUUUUGGUAGAUGUUCUGUCCUUCACAGAAAGGGGCAUUGCAGUCAGAUUUGACGUUAAAGCAUUAGGAGGUGGAGAUGACCGGUUGCCAGGGAUGCUGCAUGGGGGACUCGUGUUAGGAUUAGCUUAGAUGGCAUCAAAGGACUUUCCCAGCUCUGUUGGAAGAGACCUUAAAGAUCAUUUAGUCCAACCCACAUAUUUUACAGAAGGGGAAACAGAUCUCAGAUAGGGGAAGUGACUUUGCUCAAGGGUUAGCCACUAGUUAGUGGCAAACACAGAAUCAAACAGUGAGGGAAAUUUUCUGUUCUCAUUGUUGCUGUGAAGCAUGUAACAUUUUCAAAACCUGUAGCGUAGGAUCUUAGAAAGUUAACUUUUGGGGGCAGCUAGGUGGCACAGUGGAUAAACCACCAGGCCUGGAUUCAAGAGUACCUGAGUUCAAAUCCGGCCUCAGACACUUGACACUAGCUGUGUGACCCUGGGCAAGUCACUUAACCCUCAUUGCCCUGCCAAAAAAAGGAAAAAAAAAAAAGAAAAAAACUUUUUAGGGCCAGGGUGAAGGAGUGGAGAAGGUUACAAGUGAAGACUGAAAAUUGUACCUAAUUGAGUGUCCUGAGAGAUGCUGGGGAAGUAUUAGGUACAAGUGGCUAGUGAAUAUGCUUUAGGUAAACUGUACAAGACUGACAGACAUAGGGGUAGAAGUGAGAGUGGUCAGAACCAUAGAGGCCCCUACUUGGUACAAAAGAGAUGACUACAAGGCUAUUGCAAAAUUAUCUGAAGCCCAAGAGUAGCUAGAUUUUGGAAAUGCUUUCCUUUCUCUGGAGAACAGAGACUUGGGUAAGAUGUAAAAGGGCCAGGUCAUUUGCGUAGUAGAAGCUUGAUCCAACCUAGAGCCAGAGGAGAGGGACAGGGGUUUUUGUCCAUGGAGAGUAGCCUGGGAAGUCAGUCUGGAAGGCUCUGAGACUCUUAUAGGACCUAGCAAUGGUAUCCACUCAAAUCUAAUCCUUGACUAAGAGCCCAAGAGCCUGGUUUGGCAGCUAAACCAUACCAGGGUGAGGGAAGGAAGAAGACCAAGGCCAAUGAAGGCAGUGGCUGAAUGGAAUCCAAGUUGGCAUAAGAAAACUCUUCCAACUUGAAUCUCAGAGAAAGGGGACAGCAAGGUGGCGCAGUGAAUAAAGCACCAGCCUUGGAUUCAGGAGUACCUGAGUUCAAAUCCGGCCUCAAACACUUGACACUUACUAGCUGUGUGACCCUGGGCAAGUCACUUAACCCUCAUUGCCCCCCCCCCCAAAAAAAAAGAAUCUCAGAGAAAGACCAGAAGCAGUGAAAGGGCUUAAGCCCAUACUGCUGCCAAGGAGACUGGAGUGGAAUGGCAACAUGUGAAUAAGGAGAGGGGACUUUCAGUGCUCAAGAAGAGGGAAACAACUGGAAGGAGUGGAACAUUGGACUGUUCUGUACCCUGAUGGAUGUUUAUUUGUAAAGUUGGCAUAGGAGAACCCUCUUACCUCCCGGGGAGUUUGGCCAAUAAUUAAUAUAAAUUCUUCUCUUUCCACUAAGGUACUUUGGACAGGUUACAUUAUAUCUGCCUUCGCUUUAAAUUAAACCACAGCUCCAAAGGAGCAUAUUGCCAGUAAAUGAUGUUGCUAUGGGUGAUAAUUUCUCAUUAUUUCAGUUUGCUCUGAAUUUGAGCAGAGAAGCAAUUUUUUGGUAGUAAUGAGCCUUGUCAAUGAGGGGUAAAUGGUAGGUGUAACAUUUUUGGCUGUCAGGACAGUUCUUUUUUUUUUUUUUUAAUUUUUUUAAAUUUUUUAUUUAUUUU